AUGUUGUCAAUCGACGAGGUAGCAACGCACAAUUCUAGGAACUCAUGUUGGAUCGUUGUUUCUGGCCACGUUUACGACGUGACGGACUUCUUGGAUGACCAUCCAGGAGGGGCUGGUGUGAUUCUGCGCUAUGCAGGGAAGGUAUGUUUGUUGAGCGAAGAGAUAACAGCUUAUUUACCAAGUUCAAGGAUGCAACUGAAGAAUAUGAGCCGAUACAUGCUGAAGGCACGAUUGAGACGCAUCUACCAAGAGGUUAUCUACGUUCUUCACUUAUUGGCAGAUGAGAAACUGCGGGCUGAUCCAUCAUCAGAUAAGAGGCUUGGUCCUGUGAUUCAGUCACCGAGUGCUGAGAAGAAGAAGUCCCAGUAUCCCGACCAAAGUCAAAGCCAAGCAACGGAAGGCUCACCAACAGUGCUCCCGCUUUCAGCUUGCCAGUCUCUUUCCGAUAUUGCCCAAGCUGCCGCUCUCACCCUUACGCCAAAAGCAAAAGCGUAUUACACCAGUGGCGCUGAAUCGCAUACAUCCUUACUCCGUAACCAAUCCGAUUGGUCUCUCGUCUCUUUCCGUCCUCGCGUUCUUCGAAAUGUGUCGAGAGUUUCAAUGAACUGUCAAAUCAUGGGUUUGCAAAGCAGCCUGCCUGUUUUCAUUGCUCCCGCCGCCGCAGCCCGCUUAGGUCACGUCGAUGGCGAAAAGUGUCUGACCCGAGGAGCAGCACGUAUGGGAAUCCCACAAUGCGUUAGCACGUAUUCAUCCGUGGCACCAAAAGACUUAACGGAGUGCUUUCAAGCGGAGACGGCGGCUCGUGGCGGCGGGAUGGUGUUCCAGCUCUAUGUGCCCAAGGUGAAGAAAGACGCCGAAGGACUCAUCUUGAAGGCAAAGGAGCUCGGUUUCAACGCUUUGGCUCUCACGGUUGAUGCCCCGGUAAUCGGAAAGCGGGAUGUGGACGAUCGCUUCAAGGCAUUACUGGAUUACGAGGCAGGCGUCGUCGCACAGGACAGCGUGACACACCCUCCAUUUCCAGGAGAAGAAGCCGAGACACUCCGUGGCCACCACUGUUCUUCCUUUGAGUGGAGUGAUAUUGCUUGGAUUCGAGGGCUCUGGGGCGACCGACCGAUCGUCUUGAAAGGCAUCCAAACGUGGGAAGAUGCGCUCGAGGCGACGAAUCACGGAGUUGAUGGCAUUUACCUGAGCAACCACGGCGGGAGGCAACUCGACCACGCACCCAGCUCUAUUAGAGUGCUGCGUGAUAUUCGACUUCGUUGCCCCGAUGUGUUCAAAUCCUUCGACAUCUACGUCGACGGUGGCGUAAUGCGAGGCACAGAUGUAGUCAAGGCCCUCUGCUUGGGUGCCCGAGCUGUGGGUAUCGGGCGCGGGUUCAUGUACGCGCUUAGUGCCUAUGGUACAGCAGGCGUACUCAAGGCGAUAUCAAUCUUGAGCGACGAGAUACAGACCACUAUGAGACUGCUGGGAGUCACUGAUCUCAAGCAAUUGAACGAGAGCUACAUAGACCUCAACGACUUGGAAUCUUCGACUGGCAGACACCAGAGGGGCGAUGCUCUUGACUCCGCCGGGCUUAGGGUCCUCAGGCAAGGUACAGCGGCUUACAAGGCCCGUGACGAGUCUUACUUCUCUGUGUCGGCCCAGCUGAGCCCUGGAUUCAUCGUUCAACCAUCAUCAACUGCGGAGGUCUCUCUGACUGUGACGAAGUUGAAGUCAAUGGAUUGCAACUGGGCUAUUCGCGGCGGUGGUCACGCGACGUGGGCUGGGGCCUCCAACAUUGCCGAUGGUGUCACCAUUGAUAUGGGCCUAAUCAAGGAGGUACAAUACUCACCAGAUCUGAAGAUCGCGAGUAUUGGUGCUGGUGCUCUCUGGCGCGACGUCUACUCCUCUCUUGAGCCGUACGGUGUGACUGCUCCAGGAGGUCGCACCUCCACCGUCGGAGUUGCCGGUUUUCUCACGAGUGGCGGCAACAACUUCUUCAGCGCCGAGGUUGGUCUCGGCUGCGAUAACGUUGUGAACUUCGAAGUCGUCCUGGCCAGCGGCGAGAUUGUCAAUGCCAACAGGGAGACCAACUCUGAUCUGCACAAGGCACUCAAAGGAGGAUCGAAUAACUUUGGCAUAGUCACCCGCAUCGACAUGCAGACCGUUGACGUGGUAAAGAUAUGGGGAGGUCAGAUUGUGUACCCUCUCAGCACGACAGAGCAGCACAUCGCCGCCUACGUGAAGUGGGUUGACAACAUUCCCAACUACACCAAGGGCUCGGCUGUCACAUUCUGGGCUUACUCACCAUCAGCCGGCACCGUCGUGUCAACUGCUGUCCAUGACACCGCAAAUGCUGAGUGGGCCCCGGCUUACGACGAUUUCUGGAAUAUCCAGCCUCAAACCAUGAAUACGCUCCGCCACGAUAGUCACCUCAACAUGACUGUCGAACUCGAGGAACCGACUGGGUACCGCCAGGUCUGGUUGACUUUGACAGGCAAGAACGAUGGGCGUUUCAUACGCCGUGCCGUCGAAGCCCAGAGCAGGUUCAUCGAGAACUGGAAGAACACCCAAGACGCUGAUUUUCUCAACUACAUUACCUUUCAAGCCAUGCCAGCUUUGCUCUUCCGUCACUCGGUCGAGAAGGGCGGUAAUGCCAUCGGCAUGGAGCGCGAGAAGUGCAACGCAAUUCUCUUCCAGAUGCAGCACAUGGUUCGCUCUGUAGACGCUGAGAAAGAAGCCCGUCGGCAACUUGUCGCUUUGCGGAAGGAACUCAAGGACUACAGCGUCGCAGAGGGUAUUGACGUGGAGUGGGAGUACCUUGGAUACGCAGACGGCACCCAAGAUCCGUUGAGCACUUAUGGCCCUGAGAACAUCAAGUUUCUCAAGGAAGUUGCGGCCAAGUAUGAUCCAGAGGAGGUGUUUCAGAAAAGGGUUCCUGGGGCCUUCAAGAUCUCCAAGGUUGCGUAG